ACAUGAACGAGCACAGCUCUCGCAGCCACAGCAUCUUCCUGAUCAACAUCAAGCAGGAGCAUGUGGAGACUGAGCAGAAACUGUGUGGAAAACUGUACCUGGUGGAUCUGGCUGGCAGUGAGAAGGUCAGUAAGACCGGAGCUGCAGGAGCCGUCCUGGAUGAGGCUAAAAACAUCAACAAGUCUCUCUCUGCUCUUGGAAAUGUCAUCUCUGCACUGGCCGAGGGCACGAAAUCUCACGUGCCCUACCGUGACAGCAAAAUGACCCGCAUCCUGCAGGACUCCCUGGGUGGAAACUGCCGCACCACCAUGUUCAUCUGCUGCUCUCCCUCCAGCUACAACGAUGCCGAGACCAAGUCGACGCUGAUGUUUGGACAACG